CGCGGCUGGGGCGGGGUGGGCGGGGGAGGCAGAACCAAAAGCAUCCGGAGUCUUAAAAAGUCCGAAGCAGAAGAGGUGGGAUCACAGCAGUUUAUUAAGCGAGGCUGCAGCAGGCGGAGAUCCAGUCCAGUCGAGUCCAGGCGCAGCGGGGGCGAUGGCGAGCGAAGGAGCUGCUAACGGCCAAGGGAAAAGCUUCCUCCCCGACGGCGCAGAGCCGCCGAGUUCAGCCGCGGUGCCCAUGCUGCCGGCUCUGGAGGUGUCGGAGGAGCCGGAGAAAGCGGCGACGGCAACGGCGACGGUGCUCAAAGGGAAAAACAAGGACCCCUCUUACAAAGUCCUGUCCCUGGUAUUAUGUGUCAUUGUGCUUACAAUUAUCUUAGGAUGUAUAUUUGGACUGAAACCUAGCUGUACAAGAGAUGUGAAAACCUGCAAGGGUCGUUGCUAUGAAAGAACGUUUGGAACCUGCCGCUGCGACAAGGAAUGUGUUGAACUUGGAAACUGCUGUUUAGAUUUUCAGGAAGCUUGUACAGAACCUGUUCAGAUAUGGACCUGCACCAAAUUUAGAUGUGGUGAGAAGAACCGGCCAGAAUAUCAUUGUUCCUGCUCGGAUGAUUGUGUGAAAAAUAAUAAUUGUUGUGUCAAUUACGACUCUGUUUGCCAAGGAAGGACAAGUUGGCUUGAAGAGAAAUGCGAAGAUAUCAGUGAAAACCAGUGUCCAAAAGGAUUUACAAAACCUCCAGUGUUACUAUUCUUGGAUGGAUUCCGAGCAGAAUAUUUGCAAACUUGGGGAAAACUUCUUCCUGUUAUUAGCAAUUAAGUGAAAAAAUGUGGGACAUAUACUCGCAGCCUAAGGCCAGUAUAUCCAUCAAAAACAUUUCCUAAUCAUUACACCAUUGCUACGGGUCUGUAUCCAGAAUCCCAUGGUUUAGUGGAUAACAAAAUGUAUGAUCCAGAGAGAAAUGCUACUUUCACACUCAAAAAUGCUGAGAAGUCUAAUCCACAGUGGUACCAAGGACAACCAAUUUGGCUGACUGCAAUGUAUCAGGGACUAAAAUCUGCUUCGUUUUUCUGGCCUGGUUCAGAUGUUGAUGUCAAUGGAAGUUUUCCAAACUUUUACAAAUUAUACAAUAGAUCAAUACCAUUUGAAGAAAGAGUAAUCACAUUUCUUAGAUGGCUCCAAUUACCAGAAGAAGAAAGACCACACUUUUACACUCUGUAUUUAGAAGAACCAGAUUCCUCGGACACAGCUAGUGGGCCAAUCAGCAGUGAAGUAAUUCUUGCACUAGAGAGAGUAGACAAAGUGGUUGGGUUGUUGAUGGAUGGGCUUAAGCAAAUGAAGCUUCACAACUGCAUUAAUAUUAUUCUUAUUUCUGACCAUGGAAUGGAAGAAGCUAACUGCCAAAAAACAGUCUAUCUGGAUGCAUAUUUGGGCAAUGUUAAAGACUUGUUUGUGGUACCUGGCCCUGCAGCUCGCUUAAGACCCCAAAAUUCUCCAGAUGAGUAUUUCUCUUUUGAUUAUGAAGGCCUUGUCAGAAACCUUACAUGUUUGGUCCCAGAGCAGCAUUUCAAGGCAUACCUGAAGCAGAUGCUUCCUAAGCGAUUUCACUAUGCCAAUAAUAAACGGAUUGAAUCUGUACAUUUUUAUAUGGACCAGCAGUGGCAGCUUGCCCGGAUACCAUCUGAGCUCAAAUAUUGCACUGGUGGAUUUCAUGGAUCAGACAAUGUAUUUGCAAACAUGCAGGCACUCUUUAUUGGAUUUGGACCUGGAUUCAAGUUUCAAACAGAAGUUGAUCCAUUUGAAAAUAUUGAAAUCUACAAUUUAAUGUGUGAUCUUCUUGAUUUAACACCAGCUCCUAACAAUGGAACCCAUGGAAGCCUCAAUCACCUUCUGAAGACAGUCAAUUAUAUUCCCAAACAUCCCAAAGAAGAAAGCAGCCCUUCUUCAUGCCCUUCAGUGGGGCAAAGGACUUCCGGUGAUGGCCAUAGCUGCUCAUGUAAAUCUUUGGGCUUGCCACUGAUUCAGCCACAGGUAGAUCUUACUACUUCAGAAAUGAAGAAGAUAGAAAAAUACAACCUGCCAUUUGGGAGGCCUCGUGUACUCCAAAAGAAGCAGAAAUUUUGCCUCCUCCAUAAUCAUCGCUAUGUCAGUGGAUUUAGCCAGAACUUCAAGAUGCCUUUGUGGAGUAGCUAUUCUGUUAAUAAGCAUGACAGCUGGAACACCUCUGCAAGUGCCACCAAAGGCUGCUUCUACACGGAUCGUCGUAUUUCUUUAAACAGCAGUCAGAUUUGUUCAUUUUACAAAAAGCAACCUCAGCUUAACUAUGGAUUUCUUUUUCCUCCAAAUCUGAUUAAAGAAGAUAAGAAAAAUUAUUAUGAAGGACUUCUCUCAAGCAAUAUAGCACCAAUGUAUUCUGCUUUUCAAGUGAUCUGGGAAUAUUUUAAUGCUGUCCUACUGCCAUCAUAUGCUGCAGCCAGGAAUGGUGUAAAUGUGAUCACAGGUCCAAUAUUUGAUUACGACUACAGUGGCGUAUAUGAUACACCAGAAGCAAUAAGAAGGCACUCCACUAAUUCAGCGGUCCUGAUUCCCACUCACUACUUCAUUAUCUUGACAAGUUGUAAAAAUAUUUCCCAGACACCUUUGCAAUGUGAAGGAUCCCUUGAUGUUAUUUCUUAUAUUAUACCUCACAGAGAAGAAAACAGUGAAAGUUGCACAGUUGGCAAGCCCGAAUCCUUAUGGGUCGAAGAGAGAAUGAGAUUUCAUGUGGCUCGAGUUAGAGAUGUGGAACUUCUUACAGGACUUAGCUUUUAUCAUGAAGGAAAGCAGCUUGUGGCUGAUAUUUUACAGCUAAAAACAUAUUUGCCAAGUUUUGGCAAAGCCAGAAACUAACCUUGUUGUGCUUCUGUACCAAAAAAAAAAAAAAGAGAGAGAGAGAGAGACUAGAUUACAGCUUUGUAAACAUGCUGGAAGAUUUUCAGAAGAUACUUGGAGCAAAAUGGGAACAAAGAAGAAACUGUGUCACAUUUUGUAUCUCAGGGACAUGUAUUGGACCACCUAUAUUGGAGUCAAAUAGCUUUCAGCCUUAUUAUUCUCUUCAAUGUGAUAGAAAUGUCUAUGCUGUUAUAAAAACCUGUCUGCGAUAUCAACGCAACAGAUCAAAUGGGAUAAAAACCAACAGUUCUAAUAAUGAUUUCAACAGUAUAAAAAGUGUUUAGGAGUUACUUUAUUCUGUCUAAGGUUUUGUUUUGUUUUUUUACACAGAGGCAAGAACAAAUAAACUACAAGUGAACCCAA